UUUUUUUUUUUUUGUCGGACUGCUGAGUUGUCACACCGUGACGCAUUUAGAAAAGGUGACUCUCUGUGCACCUUGUGUGAUAUUUAACACCGUUUGGUUGAUGAGAUAUGCUGCUAGUUAGCUGUCAACAACAACAACAGUCCUCUUGGCUAGCCGUGUAGCGGACGAGAGCUAGGACGCUAGCCGCAAACUUCCGAAGAAGUUGUGUUGAGUCAGAUUCAGCUGUCUGACUGAUAUAUGUUAACCAGCACACCGGUGUUUUAAACGUUUCGUUAACUCUGGUCGAGCACCAGGGCGACAGGAGAAACUAAUGGCAACGGAUGUGAUCGAGGGCGACGCGGUGCUGAAGGGUGUAAGUGAUAUGAGUUUGAACAAUAGCAGCCCAGAUUUUGUCACACCCAGGAGGACUCAUGAGGAGCCGGGAAACAGACAGACUUCUAGUCCCUCGUCUUCUGGGGUGUCGGGAGAAGGCGACGAGGAGGAAUUGGACGACUUACAAACUAGCACACCUUCUGCAGUUGAAAAUGGCGAAGAGGCUUCACUUCAAAAGAGUCUAACCAAAACAAGAGGUACGCCGCAGGAAAGGAGAACCCCAGACAAUGAGCAGAAACAGCCGGGAGCAAGGAGCUCUACCCCGGUGAGCCUUCCCCAGCCACGCUCACCCCCUGGACCCAUCGGAAGCCUGGAGCGCCAAGAGUCAGUCGCCACAACAGAAGCUCGUCUAAGGAUGGAAGGAGUUGAACUUAAAGAAGAGUGGCAGGAUGAGGACUUUCCACGGCCCCUACCGGAGGAAGAGGAGCUUGAAGAUGAGCUUUUUGCAGGAACCUCUGAAGAGGGAGACCCUGGCUAUGCAAUGAACCACGGCAAGAAGGCAAAGAAGAAGCUUGCCGCUCCAGACAUCAGUCUCACACUCGACCGCAGUGAAGGUUCUCUUCUCUCUGACGAGCUGGAUGAAAGCACAGAGCUGGACCUCGACGACAUAGACACACCUUCAGACAACAGCAAUGAGUUUGAGUGGGAAGACGAUCUCCCCAAGCCGAAAACUACAGAAGUGCUGCAGAAGGGUGUGGAGUCGGUCCAGGAGUACUCGGCCUCGGAGGAGAGGGAGGAGGGUCGACGCUGGAGGGUGUUUCGCAUUGGAGACCAGGAGCACAGAGUAGACAUGAAAGCCAUUGAACCUUACAAGAGGGUUAUCAGCCAUGGAGGUUACUAUGGAGACGGUUUGAAUGCCAUAAUUGUGUUUGCUGUGUGCUUUAUGCCUGAGAGCAAUCAACCAAAUUACAGAUACAUCAUGGACAAUUUAUUCAAGUAUGUCAUUGGCACACUGGAGCUUUUGGUCGCUGAGAACUAUAUGAUUGUGUAUUUGAAUGGGGCGACCUCUCGGAAAAAGAUGCCAACUGUCGGCUGGCUCAGAAAGUGUUAUCAGCAGAUUGAUAGGAGGUUAAGGAAGAACUUGAAGUCUUUGAUAAUUGUCCAUCCCUCUUGGUUUAUUCGCACCCUGCUGGCACUCACAAAACCUUUCAUAAGCUCCAAAUUCAGUCAGAAAAUCAAGUAUGUGUACAGCUUGACAGACCUUGCAGAGCUGGUUCCAAUGGAGUAUGUGUCCAUACCAGAUUGUAUCAAACAGUUUGACGACGAAAAAAAUAAGAAAAGCCGUAAAAGAAUCGAUCAGGACAUGCACGGCAAAGUGGAGAUCGCUGCUGCCGCCGUUCCAGAGUGACCCUGCUCGCACUGCAAGAUGUGGAGGAGGAGAACGAUGAAGAACGUUUAGAACCGCUGCCACUCUUACAUUUAUAUUCUGGGCAACGUGACUGGAGACUUCGCUCUUUGCAUAAAGAAAGUGCCUUUUUGAAACUAUGCUGCCUGUUACAUCAUGGACGUUUUUACAGAUUGGUCCUCUGCGUUUUUUUUCCCACAUGCUGUCUGAAAUAUUUUUAAUCUUUUUUUAUCUGCUGCUGGUAUAUUGUGUCAAACUUAGCUUAUUGUGUUCCAAUAGUUACUGUUGUAUCUACACGUUAUUUAAGGCACUCUGUUACAAAUGGUUGAUGCAUGUUCUGCUUUAUUACAUUUAAAUAUAUAUUUAUAUUCAAAAGGUGACAAUGGGGAGAAAUUAAUAUAUUUUUAUGGAUGCUCUGAUUUUAAACUGCAUUUUAGGUCUCUGACCCAUUGAGUGGCAUUUCAUAGAAGUUUUGACGGCACCUUUUUCACUGUUCACUGCUGACAUUCUCUGUUAAAAUCCUGCCUGGGGAAAAUAAAGUUGUUUUUUUUGCCCCUCA